CUGUUUUGGUGCUGAAACACUGGAAGAAUUGCAUGUAGGCUCUAAGAGGAGGAUCUUUCCCUUUUUAAUUUUAUCAUUCUAUGUGAAUGGAACGGGUUUUGUGUCUUAUUGCCCACACUAUUUUAAAGCUGCUUCACCACCUUCUAAACUGCUUAAUGAAUCGGGCCCUUUGCCAAUGAGCCACACAGCCAAUUCUUGCCAAGAACUGGUUGAAAACUGUGCCGUGCAUGUAGCAGGAAUGGCACAAGAAGACAGCCAUCGUGGUCAAGUGCCAUCCACAUUUUAUCAUGGUGCCAACCAAGAACUUGACCUGUCCACCAAAGUGUACAAAAGAGAGUCAGGAAGCCCGUAUUCUGUUUUAGUGGACACCAAAAUGAGCAAACCACAUCUCCACGAAACAGAAGAACAACCUUUCUUCAGGGAAACCAGAUCGGUGGCUGAAGUCCGUGCUGUUAAAGAAGACCAGGAGAACUCUGAUGACAUGGAAGAAGAAGAGGAAGAAGUAACUUAUAAAAGGGAACAGAUUAUAGUAGAGGUAAACCUUAACAACCAAACAUUAAAUGUAUCUAAGGGGGAGAAGGGGGUUUCCUCUCAGUCAAAAGAGACUCCAGUUCUUAAAACCAGCAGUGAGGAGGAAGAGGAAGAAAGUGAGGAAGAGGCCACCGAUGAUAGUAAUGACUAUGAAGAGAAUGAACGGCAAAAGAAAAAGGAGAAGAGAGUGGAGAAAGUCAGUGUUGCCCAAAGGAGAACAAGGAGAGCUGCAUCAGUCGCCGCAGCCGCCACUUCCCCUACACCCAGAACAACCAGAGGCCGUAGGAAAAGUGUAGAGCCUCCCAAGCGAAAGAAGAAGGCUGCAAAGGAGCCAAAGGCACCAGUGCAGAAAGCUAAGUGUGAAGAGAAGGAGACUUUGACUUGUGAGAAGUGUCCCAGAGUGUUUAAUACACGCUGGUACCUGGAGAAGCACAUGAAUGUCACUCAUAGGCGCAUGCAGAUCUGUGACAAAUGUGGCAAGAAGUUUGUCCUGGAAAGUGAGCUGUCCCUUCAUCAGCAAACAGACUGUGAAAAAAACAUCCAGUGCGUUUCCUGUAACAAAUCAUUCAAGAAGCUCUGGUCCCUUCAUGAACAUAUCAAGAUUGUCCAUGGAUAUGCAGAAAAGAAAUUUUCCUGUGAGAUUUGUGAGAAGAAGUUCUACACCAUGGCUCAUGUGCGGAAGCACAUGGUUGCACAUACAAAAGACAUGCCAUUUACAUGUGAAACCUGUGGAAAGUCGUUCAAACGCAGUAUGUCCCUCAAGGUGCAUUCCCUGCAGCAUUCUGGAGAGAAACCCUUCAGGUGUGAGAACUGUGAUGAAAGGUUUCAAUACAAGUACCAGCUUCGCUCCCACAUGAGCAUCCACAUUGGACAUAAGCAGUUCAUGUGUCAGUGGUGCGGCAAGGACUUCAACAUGAAACAGUACUUCGACGAGCACAUGAAAACACACACUGGAGAGAAACCUUUUAUCUGUGAAAUCUGUGGCAAAAGUUUCACCAGCCGCCCAAACAUGAAGAGGCACCGCAGAACUCACACGGGCGAGAAACCCUAUCCAUGUGAUGUGUGUGGCCAGCGGUUUCGCUUCUCCAACAUGCUCAAGGCUCACAAGGAGAAGUGUUUUAGGGUUACCAGCCCUGUGAACAUCCCGCCUGCUGUCCAGAUCCCACUUACAACUUCCCCAGCCACCCCAGUCCCUUCCAUCGUGAACACACCCACAACCCCUACCCCACCAAUCAAUAUGAAUCCAGUAAGCACUCUUCCGCCACGGCCCAUCCCCCAUUCCUUUUCACACCUUCACAUUCACCCACAUCAUCCUCAUCACCUCCCCAUCCCUCCAGUCCCUCACUUACCCCCACCUCCAGCUCUCUUUAAGAGUGAGCCUUUAAACCACAGAGGCCAGAGUGAGGACAACUUUCUACGACACCUGGCAGAGAAGAACAGUUCAGCACAACAUCAUUAACAAAUACCUUCUUCAAUCUAUUGUCUCUUGAGUAUGUACCCACUUGAGAGUCUGCAGAGUGGGAGUUGAUGAGGUUGUCUAUAGCUCAAUCCCACUCCCUCUUAGCCUCUGGCAAAAGAGCCUUGUCAUUGGCUUGGUGUUACCAGCAGAUCCGAGUGAAUGAAUGAGAAGACUACCUUUGGCUCAUAGAGAAGGAUCAUCUUAACCAGGGGAGCCAAUGGAACUAAAGCCCAAUAUGCUUUUUACUCAUGACUUUUAUAAAUUUCAAAUAUUGAGACUUGUGUAAUUUUAUAAUUUCAUAUCAGCUGAUGAGGUAUGCUUGCUUUUAUAUCCUGGACUUCUCCUCAAAGAGGGGAUAGGCCUGGUUUCCUUUUACUAAUCGGGAAGGCUGUGAGAUUAAUCCAGAGCAUUAAUUGUAUCACUGUGUAUUGUAACAAAUUCUUUUCAGCUUUUGGUGCCAGCAACAGAGGUGGACUGGCUACGUAUCACAGUAUAUCAAGCAUUAUAGAGAAAGACAAAAAUUUCUUGUUUGUGUAGCUCUCUCCUAACGCACUCUUUAUUUUACUACAGAAAUUAUUUUAGAGUUUUUGUAUAGACCUCUUUAGUAGUUACCUGUUUCUAAAAUGAAAUGUAUUUCAAUAAGCGGUGUAAUUUUUUUCAGUGUAGCUGGACCUAUGU